UCUGCCAGCGCCCGGAAAACAGAUGUGCCACUUCAAAUGCAGUAACAUGCACAAAGUGUCUUGCUUUGGGUCCAGAAUGUGGAUGGUGUGCUCAAGAGGAUUUCAUGGCCGAUGCAACACAGAAGGGACGCUGUGACACUGUUUUCAACUUAAUGAAAAGAGGCUGCCAUUCAGAUUUUGUAGAAAAUCCCACAGUUCAUGUCACAAUACCCAGUGACCAUGAAACAAAUACACAAGUGACACCAGGAAAAGUUUCAGUCGAACUGCGUCCAGGAAGUGAAGCAAACUUUAUGUUAAAAGUUCGUCCUCUAGAGAAAUACCCUGUGGAUCUUUAUUAUUUAGUUGAUGUCUCAGCCUCUAUGCACAACAAUAUAGAAAAACUAAAUUCCAUUGGAUUUGCUUUAUCUAAAAAGAUGGCGAAUAUUUCUCUCGAUUUUCGACUUGGAUUUGGAUCCUAUGUGGAUAAAACUGUCUCACCCUAUAUUAGCAUUCAUCCAGGUAGAAUCCAUAACCAGUGCAGUGAUUAUAAUCUAGAUUGUAUGCCUCCUCAUGGUUAUAUUCACGUGCUAUCCCUGACUGACAAUAUAGCAGAAUUCAGAAAUGCAGUGAAUAAACAAAAAAUUUCUGGAAAUAUUGAUACACCUGAAGGGGGUUUUGAUGCGAUGCUCCAAGCAGCUGUGUGCCAGAGCCAUAUUGGAUGGCGCAAAGAAGCAAAGCGACUGCUUCUUGUGAUGACAGAUCAAACUUCCCAUCUGGCCCUUGAUAGUAAAUUAGCAGGGAUCGUAAUUCCCCAUGAUGGAAACUGUCAUUUGAAAGAUAAUGUGUACAUCAAAGCUACGAGUAUGGAGCAUCCAUCUCUUGGGCAGCUUUCUGAAAAAUUGAUUGACAAUAACAUCAAUGUUAUUUUUGCAGUUCAAGGAAGCCAGUUCCACUGGUAUAAAGAUCUGUUACCUCUGUUGCCUGGUAGUGUUGCAAGACAGAUAGAAUCACAAGCAGCAAAUCUCAAUGAUUUGGUGGUAGAAGCCUAUCAGAAACUAAUCUCUGAAGUGAAAAUCCAAGUGGAUAACCAGAUCCAAGGUCUUCAUUUCAAUAUCACUGCAAUCUGUCCUGACGGAAGUAAAAAAACUGGCAUGGAAGGAUGUAAAAAUGUGGGAUAUAAUGAAGAAGUACUUUUCAAUGUAUCAGUUACAAUGAAAGGAUGUGAUACAACUGGAGGAAGAAAAUAUGCAAUACUUAAGCCUAUUGGUUUCAAUGAAACCGCCAUCGUUAAUGUGCAGAAAAGUUGUGCCUGUCAGUAUGGAGACAGUGCGAGGCACAGAAGAGUAUGGGCUGAUGAAACUUUUUCUGAUGGCAAACAGUCCCAUUGCAGUGACAACUGUAGCUCUAAUAGAGAUACGCUUCCUUCUGAGAGAUGCAGACAACACCAGGACCAGCCCAUCUGCAGUGGUCAAGGAAAUUGCAUAGAUGGAAAAUGUUUCUGCUACAACAACAAGCUAGGCAGGGUGUAUGGCAAGUACUGUGAAAUGGAUGAUUUUUCCUGCCCAUAUCACCAGGGAAACUUAUGUUCUGGUAAUGGUGAAUGUGAAGCUGGUAAAUGCAAAUGCUUUGCUGGCUGGGAAGGUGACCAUUGCCAGUGCUCGUUGCAAUCAGCAAAGCACUGCCUGAAUUCCAAGGGCCAGAUUUGCAGUGGAAGAGGAAAAUGUGUAUGUGGAAAGUGUGAGUGCACAGAUCCAAGAAGCUUUGGCCGUUUGUGUGAAUAUUGCCCUACUUGUAACAAAGCCUGUGAAGAAAACUGGAAUUGUGUUCAGUGCCAUCAUUCUAACAAUGCAUCUCAAGCAAAACUUGACCAGUGCACAACCUCAUGUGCUUACCUGCUACAUUAUAUUGACCAAACUUCAGAAUGUUUCUCUGGACGAAGCUACUUUAGAGUCUUUUCCAUAAUCUUUAUAGUUACCUUUCUGAUCGGGUUGCUUGUUGUCCUUAUCAUCAGACAGAUAAUUCUGCAGGGGAGUAGCAAUAAAGUUAAAUCUUCAGCUGAUUACAGAGUAUCUGCAACAAAGAAGGAUAAGAUGUUUUUGCCUACUGUUUGUACAAGAACAGUAACAUACAGACGUGACAAACCAGAGGAAAUAAAUAUCGACAUCAGCAAGUUACGAUUAAAUGAAACUUUCAAGUGUGAAUUCUGA